GUCCAAUGAUAUUGAACUUCGCCCCCAUGGAGAGAAAUAUCCUGACGACUGAGUAAUCAUGAUGCAUCAUCUCGAACUUUGUCUACACCGAAAUCGGCAACUAAAAAGUGGAGAAGGCGAGAGUCAUUUAUACUAUACGUUGAGCGCUGUUCAACAGUUUACGUCCGUGUUUCCAAGCACGACAAACCUUUGCCUCUGUCUCACAUCUUCUCUCAAUCCAUAAUUUGUUCCGGCAGCAGUCUCGCAUCCAAAUCAGUCAAGAUGAAGCUCCUCUAUCCCACUAGCCUUGCUCUUGAUAUCGACUUGAUGAAGGGGUUUGCGGUGACAUUACAUCCGUAUAAUGUGAACGAGCCCAUUCCGGAAGAUCUUGUAGACGCUGAAAUACUGGUCACUUGGACAAACUCCUCGAGCAAUCUCAAGGAUGCAGCGUCGCGGAUGAAGAAUCUUCGCUGGAUUCAGUCGCUAGCCGCUGGUCCAAACGACGUCUUGAAUGCAGGAUUUGACAGAACCAAAAUUCUAGUAACGACUGGUUCAGGUCUGCACGACCAGACUGUUGCAGAACACACGUUGGCAUUGCUUCUGUGCGCUGCACGGCGGUUGGACGAGAUGAAGGAAUAUCAGAUGCAAGGAAAGUGGCCGCAACAUCUCGGGGGACCAUUGCCCGACCGCCCGAAAGGAAAAUUCACCUCCCUUGCCGGAGCCAACGUGACCAUAUGGGGCUACGGAAACAUCGCAAAGACGCUCACUCCAUCUCUCACUAUCCUGGGCGCCAACGUACGAGGCAUUGCUCGAUCAGACGGCGUACGAAACGGAGUAGAAGUAUCUUCGGAAGCGAAGCUCCCAGACAUUCUGCCCAAAACCGACGCUCUCAUCAUGAUCCUACCAGGAUCAGAAAGCACGAGGCACGCUCUGAAUGAAGAACGGCUCCGCCAACUACCCAAGCAUGCUUGGAUCGUGAAUGUGGGACGUGGAACGAGCAUUGAUGAGGACGCGUUAGCCAACGCCCUUGACAAAGGAGAGAUUGGCGGUGCAGCGCUUGAUGUUUUCGAACAGGAACCGUUGCCUGAGGGCCAUCGAUUCUGGAAAACAAAGAAUAUCAUCAUUUCACCGCAUGCAGCGGGUGGAAGACCAAGAGGGGCAGAAGAGCUGAUCACGUCAAAUCUGAGGAAAUUUUUGGCAGGACAAGAAUUGAGGAAUCUUAUAUAGCUUGCGAGAGGGAACUUGAAAAGAACGUACUGGGAAACACAGCAUUUGCCUGUAGGUUUUCGGUCGACUUAAAUGUCACACAAAGCUCGCGCUCUCCCUUUAGGCCCAAAAACUCAGAAUACCAGCUCUGUCAGUGGACAAAAC